CAUGAUCACAGUAGGUAUUUUAUGAAUAAAUAUACACUACAAAUAAAAAACAAGCUCAAAGAUAAAAGAGUAUUAGCGGAGGGUGAUAUAUCGGAAAAAAAACAAACAAUUAUAAAAGAACAUAAAGAAUAUUAUCCAUUUGGUGAAAAAGAUAACCAGGUUGAAAAGCUGGUUUAUUUCAUAAACAUAUAUAGCAUGUUGUAUAAUGCUUUUCUUCUAUUAAUAUAUGAAUUGUUUUCUAAGAAAACAAAUAAAAUGAGUAAUAAAUGUAAAGAACAAAUAUCAAAUGUAUGUAGGAAUAAUAAUUCAGAACCAUAUUAUAUGACAGAAUUUUCACUGAUUUACUAA